AUGGGAGAGUCAGAGCGAAUCAAACUCAUUCUCGUCGGCGACGGUGGCGUCGGCAAGACGACCUUCGUCAAGCGCCACUUGACCGGUGAAUUCGAAAAAAAGUACGUGGCGACGCUCGGUGUCGAAGUCCAUCCCUUGCUAUUCCACACCAAUCGUGGACCCAUCAAAUUCAACGUUUGGGACACGGCGGGGCAAGAAAAAUUCGGUGGACUCCGCGACGGAUACUACAUCCAGGGGCAAUGCGCGAUUAUCAUGUUCGACGUUACGUCCCGGGUGACCUACAAGAACGUUCCCAAUUGGCACCGUGAUCUUACCCGUGUUUGCGAGAAUAUUCCCAUUGUACUCACCGGAAACAAGGUGGAAAUCAAGGACCGUAAAGUCAAGGCCAAGCAAAUCACCUUCCAUCGCAAGAAGAACUUGCAGUACUACGAUAUCUCCGCCAAGUCUAACUACAACUUUGAAAAACCCUUUCUCUGGCUGGCCCGCAAACUCUCCGGAGACAAUCAGUUGCACUUUGUCGAAGCUCCCGCGCUACAGCCGCCGGAAACGCAGAUCGAUGAUGACACCAAGCGACAGUACGAAGCCGAAAUCCAGGCCGCUGCUGCUCAACCCCUCCCGGAAGACGACGACGAGGAUCUCUAA